AUGUCUGAAAGUGACAUGAGUGGAAGGACUCACAUCCCAUCUCUCUUUAAUGCCCUAUUGUCCAGAAAACUGGCCCUGCAAGUCAGCUACUUGAAAAGUAAAGAAAAAGGAUAUGGAAAGCUAAGCAGUGAUGAAGACAUCGAAAUAAUUGUUGAUCAAAACCAGGUAGUAGGUGUAACCUUGAAGAAAAAGUGGCACUGUCUUCAAAAAAGUGACCUGACUCUGGCCUUGGGGAAAAGCUCUAGGGCAGCCGAUAAGGCUGUUGCCAUGGUGAUGAAGGAGAUACCGAGGGAGGAGUCUGCUGAAGAAAAGCCCCUCCUUACUAUGACAUCACAGCUGGUGAAUGAGCAGCAAGAAAGCAGACCCCUCCUAAGCCCUUCUAUCGAUGACUUUCUCUGUGAAACCAAAGCGGAAGCCAUUGCCAGGCCAGUAACAUCAAAUACAGCAGUAUUAUCAACAGGUUUAGAUCUCUUGGACCUGAGUGACCCCGUGUCACAAACCCAAAACAAAACAAAGAAGCUAGAGGCUAUGCCAAAAGCCUCAAGCCACAAGAAGAAGGCUGAUGGCUCUGACCUUAUCAGCACCGAUGCCGAGCAGAGAGGCCAGCCUCUGAGAAUCCCAGAGACAUCAUCGUUAGACUUAGAUAUUCAGACACAACUGGAUAAAUGGGAUGAAGUUAAAUUUCAUGGAGACAGAAAUAGCAAGGUCCAUGCCAUGGCAGAGAGGAAGUCAGCAUCAUCCAGGACUGGAUCAAAAGAACUUUUAUGGUCUUCAGAGAGUAGAUCUCAGCCAGAACUGACUAGCGGGAAAAGUGCCCUCAAUUCUGAGUCGGUUCCAGAUUUAGAUUUAGUGCCUCCAGCACAGGCUCGCCUGACCAAAGAACAGCGCUGGGGAAGUGCAUUACUCUCCAGAAACCACUCCUUAGAAGAGGAAUUUGAAAGGGCAAAAGCUGCAGUGGAGUCAGACACAGAGUUUUGGGAUAAGAUGCAAGCAGAAUGGGAAGAAAUGGCUCGAAGAAACUGGAUAUCUGAGAACCAAGAAGCCCAAAAUCAAGUGACGAUUUCAGCUAGUGAGAAGGGGUACUACUUUCACACAGAAAAUCCUUUCAAAGACUGGCCUGGAGCUUUUGAAGAAGGAUUGAAAAGGCUGAAGGAAGGGGACUUGCCUGUCACUAUACUGUUUAUGGAGGCAGCGAUCCUUCAGGACCCUGGGGAUGCUGAGGCCUGGCAAUUUCUGGGUGUAACCCAGGCAGAGAAUGAAAAUGAGCAAGCUGCUAUUGUCGCCCUCCAGAGGUGCUUAGAAUUACAGCCCAACAACCUGAAAGCUCUCAUGGCCUUGGCUGUGAGUUACACCAAUACUGGCCAUCAACAAGAUGCUUGCAGUGCUCUGAAGAAUUGGAUUAGGCAAAAUCCUAAAUAUAAGUAUUUAGUGAAGAACAAAAAGGCGUCUCCAGGCCCAGCCCGAAGGAUGUCUAAGUCACCAGUUGAUAGUUCAGUCCUGGAAGGAGUUAAGGAGCUGUACCUGGAGGCUGCCCACCAGAAUGGAGAGAUGAUCGACCCUGACCUGCAGACCGGCCUGGGGGUGCUAUUCCACCUAAGUGGAGAAUUCAGUAGAGCAAUAGACGCAUUUAAUGCUGCCUUAACAGUUCGACCAGAGGAUUAUUCAUUAUGGAACCGCCUUGGUGCCACAUUGGCCAAUGGAGACCGCAGUGAGGAAGCUGUUGAAGCCUAUACCCGAGCUCUGGAAAUCCAGCCUGGCUUCAUCCGGUCCAGAUACAAUUUGGGAAUUAGCUGCAUCAACCUGGGAGCUUACAGGGAGGCAGUCAGCAAUUUCCUCACUGCCUUGAGUUUGCAAAGAAAGAGUAGGAACCAGCAACAAGUUCCCCAUCCGGCCAUUUCCGGCAACAUCUGGGCUGCCCUCAGGAUUGCUCUCUCCAUGAUGGACCAGCCGGAGCUAUUUCAGGCAGCUAACCUUGGGGACUUGGAUGUUCUACUAAGAGCUUUUAACCUGGAGCCAUGA